AUAAAGAUAGAUAGAUAGAUAGAUAGAUAGCUAGAUAGAUAAAUAGAUAGAUAGCGACGGGAGAGGGGGGGCAACGUAUCGAAUAAUCUAGUCAAAAGAGAAACAGAGGCAGGAGAGGAAGAGCAAGAAGACACACCGGUGCCGUCUAUUUUGAAGUAGAAACUGUACUUACUAUCGCCGAGGGACCCUUGGCCGAAGGUCGCGUCGCACGGGAGAAACAUAACAGAGUGUGUUCACCCUUGUCUCCGUGAGGACGCGGCUUGUUUACAUAGCCUCGUCGCCUACCUUCGGUCGAUUCGUAUCCGCGGUGUUUGGCGCGUGCCAGUGUACCGCGCUAGUCGAACGUAUGUGUAUCGGUUACGUUCUAUACCGUUCCUUGUGCUCCGGGUUUUAGUGAAACGCGUCGAGACGGGCACAGCGAUACCACGUUCCUGGGAUAUUUGCUUUUGUCCGUGCGAGUUACACGGCAAGAAAAGAGACUAGAUCGGUGUAUCUUGAUUCGACGAUAUCCGAGAACUCGGACGGCACCGUUCGACGGAGUCGCGGCGCAAGUGCUCCCAGUGACGUCACCAGAGGCCCGCGGCAUCCUGGGACCGCGGUUCGAAAUCGGAGGGAACGUUUCGAACGGGCUGCUGCGUGAUCGUCCGAGGGGAUAGAUCUUUUUUCGAAGGGCGGACUUCGCCUCCACGGGUGUUUUGGUGCAACAUGUAUCCGUGGUACCGGGACAGCGUCGCGGCGGCGGCCGCCGCGGGACUCGGGGGCCCCGUCGGAGUCGUCGGUUCCGGGUUCUGCUCCACCGGACCAGGACAAGCCGGCACCACGAUCAAGACCGAGAGCGGAUAUUCGGAUUGCAUGCUGGCCCUCGACUACGUCCAGAGCAAAAAGGCCUCUUUCGCGUGGUCCGAGGGCGGCGAGGAAGGUGGCGGAGGUGGUGGCGGCGGAGGAGGAGGCGGCGGCGGCGGCGGCGGAGGAACAGGGGGCGCUGGAACGGGAACCACGGGCCCAGCAACCACCGGUGGCGGAGGUCUGGCCCAUUGGGUCAGCGUGAUGGCCGAGCACAUCCACAACCCUCAUUCCGCGACCGGGGUUGGAGGCGUCCAUCAUCAACAGCAGUCGCCGCCUCAACCACCCUAUCCGUGGAACAACGGCCUCUCCAGUGAUCAAUGCAACCCCCACGACAAGGAGAGCGACUACUGGGGCGGCGGACGGGGCGCGAAACAAGGUUACGAGCACUUUCUGUUGCAGGCGAAAAUGAACGCGGACCACGGCCAGCUGCAGAAGGGGGAGGAUCAAUACCGAGGCGCCGGAGGAUCCAGUAGCGGGAGCCCGCCGGCGAGUUUGCUGGUGGUCCCGCAACCUUUGACCGUCAAACCCUCUCAUCCGUCGCACCUGAACCCUCACCUGGGCGGACCGCACUCCCAUCCGCCGAGAAAGUACCAGUGCAAGAUGUGCCCACAGAUCUUCGGUAGCAAGGCGGACCUGCAGCUCCACACGCAGAUCCACAUGCGCGAGGCGAAGCCGUACAAGUGCACCCAGUGCUCGAAGGCGUUCGCGAACUCCUCGUACCUGUCGCAGCACACCAGGAUCCACCUGGGCAUCAAGCCGUACCGCUGCGAGAUUUGCCAGCGGAAGUUCACCCAACUGAGCCACCUACAGCAGCACAUCCGCACGCACACCGGCGACAAACCGUACAAGUGCCGGCAUCCAGGCUGCACGAAGGCGUUCAGCCAGCUGAGCAACCUACAGAGCCACUCCCGUUGCCACCAGACCGACAAGCCGUACAAGUGUAACUCCUGCUACAAGUGCUUCUCCGACGAGCCGAGUCUGCUCGAGCACAUACCGAAGCACAAGGAAUCGAAGCACCUGAAGACGCACAUCUGCCAGUACUGCGGCAAGAGCUACACGCAGGAGACCUACCUGGCGAAGCACAUGCAGAAGCACGCGGAGAGGACCGACAAGAGACCGCCGAUCAUCGGCACCGGUCUGAGGCCGUCGAUCCACGCGAUGGCGGCUCACCAUCAGGACCACUAUUGGCCGAAGGUCAGCCCGGACUCGGUGAUCAGCGAUCUGCACGAGCGGCUGCCCCAUCACCACACCGACUACCACCAGAACCAGAACCCGGAGAUGUUGUUGCCCGGGCACGGGCACCGGGCCGACUCGAUCGAGAACGACUCCAGGCAACAGACACCGCAACCGGGCGCCAACCACCAUCCGAACAGCAGCUCGGCGUUCACGCCGAUCUCCUCGAUCUCGAUCAACUCGAUCUCCUCCAUGCAGCACCCGUUGAACCCGCUGAACCAUCUGCACUACCCGGGCAGCCAUCAUCCGGCCUCGAGGCCGUACCUCUACGAGGCGUUCAACACGACGCAGAAGUCCUCGCCGGCGUCCUCGUCGUCCGGCGUCACGUCCGGCACGACCAGCAAUCAGAACGCUACCUCGUUCCCGAACCAGCUGAUCAGCCUACACCAGAUCAGGAACUACGCCCAUCAGCCGAACCUCGGCAACCUCGGGAACCUGGGCAACCUGGGCAACCUUAGCAACCUGAGCAACCUCAGCGCGACGAUGGAGAGCCACGCUCUCCUCGGCGGGCUCAAGGAGAAACAGUAACUCCGGCUGGUCUUGGAGAUUAGGAGCAACUGCUGUCUCUCUACCCGGUUUCUUCUUCUUCGUUCUGCCUGUCCUCCCGGCCCCUUCCGCCGCCCUUCCGUCGUCCUCGACGUAUCGGGCUCUACUAAUUCCACCGCGAUCCUUUUCUCCGGCACGUCCUUCGAUCUCCGCCGCGAGUCUUCUAUGAUCUCGUGGAUCCUAAAUUGCGCGCGUGUCGCGGGGGUGGCUGUUCACCUCGAGGCUCCUCGCCGCCUACAGUGUUUUUGUUUCUUUUUUCGGUUUUAGUCGCAUCGGACGGUACUCAGGGUACCGUAAAGUGGUAGUCAACCGUUUGCGAGAUGAUCCCUUUUUUCUUUUAUAUUUUUAGGCUGCUUCCUUUGGUCGCGUGAAAGCGAAUCAUCGGAGAUCGAAGACUCUCCGAUCGACGUUUACCCGGCUCGAUGGGCUAUCCAGAAGGACAGAGAGAGGGGAGAGAGAGAGAGAGAGAGAGAGAGAGAGAGAGCGGAUCAAUCCGAGUCGAAUGCAGAUCGGCCGGACGACUUUUAAUCGUUUUAAUGCUACCGGGCAUCCAUGCAUGAACGGCGAAUAUUAGAAAGGCUCGAUCGCCACCUCGAAUCGGCAGGAUCGAUCGAGCAGCCGAGAGCUUGGCCGCUGAUUAACUUUCACGCUCCGAGUUAGUUAGAAAGUAGUACCCGGGAAUGAUUACCGGGUAACCACGUUUCCCGGUAAUCUUCGAAACGAAGUCCCGCGGCGAAUAGUCACCCCGGAGACGAGGAUGAUCCCGGCACCGGCCGUGAGAGAACCCUCCCUCUCCCCUAAGCUACCUUCCGAGGGCACGGCCCUCGUCCUUUCUCUUCUCCCAUCCUCGAUCGCGUUCCUCUCGGCCGCGCUCCCCUUUCACACGCCCACCCCCAGCGACGAUCUCCUUAGGUUAAUUGUCGAGUCUUCUCCGACGCAGAGCCCACCUUCUCUGUUCGACGCUUAGCCGGCCCUUGCGAUGAUCGUACACAAUCGUUUUCCUGUUUGUAUUUUUUUAAUCGUAUUGUAAAGCCCAAGGAGAAAGAGGAUCGAGCGGGAACCCGGAACCGCGGCCGCGGGGCUCGUCGACCGACUUCUGCUAUCCUCGCCAUGGUGUCCUCUUUUAUGGACUACUGUCCUCGCCGAUGAUCGGUGCUACCACCCUCCGUGUCCUGGACCGUGUUCUAAACGGGUCCUAGGAGAAUCGAGACUCCGCCGACUUGUGACUUCUUGGUAUCGAGAGUCGUCGACUGGCGGCUAGAAGCGCUUUAGCUACCUGUGGUUGGAUACUUCUCGGAGGAAUCUCCUGUUCAAACUGUUUAUACAUAUGUUUGUAUACAACGCUCUGUGCACAAGAACCCGUCUCUUUCUCCCCCGCCAGCUAGAAUUGCCAACGAUUUUAUCAGUUUCUUCCGAUCGAUUUAUUUAAUCAUGCGUCUUAGGGUAGAAGUUUUUGAUCGUUUCAGUAACGAUCGGUGCGCAGACGCGUCGAGGGACUUUCGAUCGCCUAGAUCUUCAAACGGUUACAUCCACGCACAGUGAUUAGUACUUAGUUCAAAGAUCCAUGGACCUCGAUGGUCCAUCUAAUUUUUCAACUUUUGUCUCGACAACUUUUAUCGAUUUAAAAGUUCGCUUUCGUUUCUGUCGACUACUAAUUGAUCCACAAUUCCAAAGCGGCACACGCGUUAGGUGCUUAAUCCCUCAUCGUUCCCUUUGUUUUCGCAUUUGCCAUUUUUCUGGCACCACCCUUUUCUCUCCCGCAUUUCACGUUUCCUCCCUUUUGCCUGCUUUCCUCUCUAUUCCUUCCCCCUUUUCAUAUAUUGAGUAUUCCGCGCGAUUCGUGCACGUGUGCACGCGCGUAACUCCUUUUUAAAAGGUGCGUGCGACGCUUAUUCUCCUGUUACUCUUUCUCCGGUUUUCCCUCUCUCCCUCUCACUCUUUUCCUUUUUGUCUCUCUCUCUCUCUCUCUCUCUCUCUCUUUCUUUCUUUCUCUUUCUCUCGCUGCGUCUCUCUCGGACUCAUACACAUACGCACACGUACACGGUCUCAUGCUCUUCGUUAAUUAUCCCGUUGCGAGCGAAACGUCCACUCGACCCAGAAAGGUGUGCCUACUACCCCCUUCCGCCUUCGAGGGGGCGAGAGCCACCCCUUGGAAAAUAGGUGUACUUCACGGCACGAUUCCUCCUGGCUUUUGCUAUUCCCUCUUACGAGCAGUGCUCCUGGGAAGCAGGAACGUGAAAAGAACGGAAUUAACGCCGGCCCCAUCGACUCCUCUCGUUCCGAUUUCUUUUUUUUUCUCUCUCUCUCUCCUCCCCUUCCCCCGGUUUCGCUCGCAGGCUACGCGAAGGCUGUCCCUCGCACGAACACGAUCAGAGAGAGAGAGCCCAGGUAUCCCGGUCUCCGGGUCGUCUCGUUUACAUUUCCCGGGCGAACGUGGCACCGUUCGAAACAAAUACGAAAAUCUUCCAGGCUCCGGUGGCCUCUUCAUCCGAUCGGUGAUCGACGCGCCGAUCGAUCCCGUCGAACGGCAGGCUGUAGUUUCGGUAUCGCGUCUAAUGGACCGCCGAGAGAAAUUCACCCCGUUGCACCGUUGAACGUCGCGCGAGAGGCGCGCUCCGGACCGCGAGAGAACGACUCGUUCGCCGAAUCGUUAGAUCGAAGUUUAAGUUGACAAGGAAAUUUGAGUUUGCAGCAAAAUUUUGGACAGCCAGUCGAUCGGAGCCAGUCGACGAGUCUCGUGGUCGCGACUUCGAGUUCCCCGCCCCUCGCUGGAUCGCCACUUUCCUUUAGGAUCCUGUAAUUUGGGAGCUCACUGGGCUACGGCGACACCCAUGGCAUAGGGGUAGAUCCACGACGGAUAAGAGAGAGAGUGAGAGAGAGAGAGAACUGCCAGAGACUGGAGAAUAUUGGUGUAAGAGGCCGCGAGGAGAACGCUGUUGCGUCGAGACGAGAGACGGAGUUGUUUGAGCGAAACGGAAACACGUCGACGCGUGCUGUGAUUCUAGAGCAAGAUGGCCGAAUCGGAACCACCCCCUGACCUUUCGGUAACGCAAUCUGGGGGGUUAGGAAUAUUCUGGGGUGCGCUGUGGUAUAUAAUGGUUGGAACAUGGCCGGCUGGUCGACGAGUCUCGAGCUCGCGGGUUCGUCCGGUCCUCUGCCCUCUUUUCCCUAGGAUUCUACGACAUAUAUGUAAAUAAACGAAUAAAUAAAUAUUAUAUAUUAUUAUUAAUUGAUUGAUUAAUUGAUUGAUCAAUAUUCGGUAGGUGCGUAAGCUAAACGAGAGGAAGGAUAGAGACUCUCUACUGAAGAUAUUCUAAGUACCUUGUCUAACGAGUGGGAGAGAAUGAAUGAAAGAGAAGCAGCGAGAGAGAAAGAGAGAGCAAGAGAGAGAGAGAGAGAGUAAUACCAAGUGUGCGUGAGAGAGCAAGAAGCAAGCAAUCGUUGCCCAAAGUUAAUUACGAUAAUUUCUUGUUUCGUAGGAGCGCGUUUCCGUUCCGAAUUCGUGCCCCGGCAUCGACCGACUUCGACGACCGAGCUUUUCAACGCUUUGCCUACCGGAAAUCCAUUCGUCGGGCACGCCAGCGAUCGCGUUUCAACAAUGUGAAAAAUUGUUCGAUUACCGGGACACAUUUAUCGAGAAAACAAUCGCCGGUAGGUAACGCGUUGAUCAUUAUAUUCUGCCGUUGACUAUUCUCGCGCGGUCUCGGUGUGCAAUCGAGCACGAUCGUCGGAGCCGAUCGUCGGCGGCCGAGGGAAACGUAGAAAAUUUCUCGAGGCGUGUAAAAUGAGAGACGGGAGGAAGAGACACCGCGCGGACAGGGGGGAGGGAAUAGAACACGUGUAUACUGUAGAUAAUUUCUUGUUACGGCGUCGCACGUGUCCCGUCCCGAGUCUGCAUUCUUCCCCUGGAAGUGUCCGCGUUUUCCUUUCAUUUUCAACCCUUUCGUUUUCACCGAUUCUUCCGCGAGACACGCGCUUCUCCUUCGAUUUCUAGUAAUUUCUUCUUUACCCCUAUCGACACGCUCUGUUUUGUUUGUUUUUUCAAGGAAGCAUCCUAACGUUCCAAGAGAGACGAAGAACGAAUGAGAGACAGACAGAGAGAGAGAAAGAGAGAGGGGAGGAAUCUCUUGGAGCGCGACGCGUCGACGCCCCACCUGUGCUCAAGUUGUUUAAAAAAAAACUAUUAGUUCGUUACUAGGACGAUGAACGAAUGGACCAACGUGUGUACGAGAGAAUGAGAGAUAAUCGACGGGUGAACGGUCGGGGAGAAUGUGUAUGAGAGGAACCGAGAGAGAGAGAAAAAAAACGAAAGGGACAGAGAGACGAAAUCGAGAAUUCUGUGGCCGAAAAGGCACACAGAGAUCGCAGUUUCGGGCUCCCUUCGGCGAUUUCCACGAUUUUCUUCGAGAGGGGGCGCGAUCGAGAAGCGGGAGACACGGGAAAAUGAAAGUCACGCGGAAGAUAAUGGAUUUCAAUGGCGAGAGGGGAGGGGGGCAAUUAUCGACAAACGUUUCCUUUUUCUCUCGUUGAUCUUUAAUGAAAUCGUUUCCGGUAGGAGAAAGGGGCGUGGGGUAAUUUUACGGGGAGAGACGGGGACCAGCAUAGAGUUUUGUUUCCAGAGGGGUUGUGUGGUGGGCGGUUACAGUGUCAGGUACCCCCGCGCUUUAAUUGUGAUCCUUUUUCUGUCUACCCUUUAGUUUCAUUGAUGAUUAUUUUAUUAAUAAUAUUAUUAUUAUUAUUAAUUAUUAUUAUUAUUAUUAUUAUUAAUUAUUAUUAAUUAUUAUUAUUAUUAUUAUUAAUUAUUAUUAUAAUUAUAAUUUCGUUUAAUAAACUAUCACGUUACAAAGAAAA